AUGUCCGCCCACCAACCGAUCGAAGUCGGUUUUCCCUGUCCAUCCGCACAGCCCAUAUCAGUUGACUAUAUCGAGAAUCGACAUACGGAAUUUCGGGAUGAGCACGGCGAGCUACCAUUCAGGUUUGACGCGAGCCGUCAAAAGUUCGUAGCUCGCUCGGUCGCGUGGGAUGCAGCACCCUCAACUAGUGACGAGGAAUUGAGAGACAGCAAAUUGCGGGUAGUUGCAACCACGAAGAGCUUCUCCAAUGCUCUCUCGGCAUUGAAAGAGAAGAAAUCUAAGGAGAAGAAGAUAGCAAGCUUCGAUCUCGACUCUUACCACGACUGGAAAGAGAUCACUGGGCUCAUACAGGUGGUCGUGAAAGAGUACCACAGCAACGACACGACAUGGGACCGAAUUCGCAGUGGAUUUCGGACCGUUGGAGACAACGCGAAAUCUAUGCAGGCUUUUAUAGGCCUAUUACCUGACGGGGAGUACAAAACUCUGUGCGGAGGCCUGACAUUGAUCUUGACUGCCAUGACGGAACAUUCUCAAGUCCGCGAGAGAAUGGCAGAUCUGCUGCAAGAGGUUCCCGAAGUCGUCAAUAAGUGCGAGCAGUAUCAGACACUCUACCCUGGGCGCAAUACCAUACAGCUGUGCGUCAACGAUAUCUACACCAAUCUUCUUAUAGCUCUGGAGAAGAUAAUCGACUGGUAUAAGCAGUCUUCCUGGAAACACGCCAAAGACAGUCUUUUGAGGAACAGUAACUACGGGAAAUGGAUCGAUAAGUGUGUUGAUAACAUCCGGCAGUCUAGGAGUCGCUUCACGGAGGAAACCCAGUUGUACCUAGCUUGGUCUCAAAAAGCCACACUCUCAACAGCGCUCGAGCUCAAUUCUCGAUCCCAUGAAAUGAACGAAAACAUAUACCGCGUCGACGAACAUGUUGGACAAGUCAGCGAUGGCAUUAACGCUCUCAAGGAUCAUUUCGAUGACGUGAUCAAGAAUGCUAAGUACAAUCUCAAGGAAGAACUGAAACGGGAACGAUUGAGCUUAGAGAACUACAGUAAGUUUGAACGUAUUUCUCCAUCGCCGCGAACUGACCCGCGCUUAGAGCGAAGGAUAAGCGAGCUCGAGGAGCGAGUCGCAAAGACGGCGCUUACUCCGAAGGAUCUUAUGAAAGAGCUGGACCUGGACCGAUCUGAGCAUACACAUGUACCAGAGGUCUCCACGGUACUCAAGGACGGGCUGAACAGCCCAACAAAGUACCAGAAUCGCGCAGGCUGGGUAGGAAACACCGCCGAAUUCCGAGAUUGGCUAGGCGGGCGAGACAAGUCUCAAAUACUGUGCAUUCAAGGCCAUGGCGAGUUCGAGAAGACUUCUCCGCUGAGCUUCCUCAUCGCGCUUCUCUACGAGAAACUGGAAAGGACGCCGCGCACACUCGUUCUCCCAUUCUUCUGUGGACUCAGCAGAGUGCGCUCUGGACCAGCAAUCAUGCUACGAGCGUUCUUCAUCCAACUGCUCGCUGCAUGCAAUGCUCACGGAGCAACGGACGAGGAAGGCCUUCCUCUACUUUCUUUUUUGGGCCACGAUGACGUGGCGAACAUGGAAGACAUGUGCUUGGAAACAUAUCAAAAUGCGGUAGUACAGCUGUUACGCGAGUUGCGGAGGGAGCAUAAAGCGAUUUUCAUCCUCAUCGACGCCGUCGACUUCUACGACUCAGACUGGGGGGACGAGAUGGAUGAUUUCAUGAAGAACAUGAGAAAGCUGGUGAGAUCGUCCAACAAGGCAGCGGACGGAACGUCGGGUGGUGUUCUAAGGGUUCUCGUAACGGCGUCAACAUGGUCGAAGCGGUUUUCGACUCCCAAGAAGCCGAUGGUCCUGCUUGAUCUGCCCGAGCAUCUGGAUGGGUCGAUGGACGGGUUCGAGAGGUUUACGUAG